UUUUCUGCAGAUAUCAGAUGUCCAUACCACUGAAGAAUGGCCAAUUACAUCCCAGGAGAUGUAGUGUGGGUUAAGAUCAGUGGCUGUCCAUGGUGGCCAGCCGAGGUAUUGAAGCCAGAGUUGUGUCCCUUACCUGACAAAAUCAACCAAACCUCAUUUGUUGCUUAUGUGAAAUUUUUCAAUGAGGAUGAAUACCAAGUGGUAACAAGUAGAUCCAAUAUAUUUCCUUUUAUGUGCGCUCAGCAUCAAGAUUUCAUUAAGAAAGGCCAAAAUGUUCGACGUCUGAGCUUGUCUGCAAAAUUCCAGCCAGCUGUCGUUCUAGCUGAACGUAAAUUUUAUGAGCAGAGUCCAUUUUACGAGCAGAGUCCACCCUCACUUUCUGGAUGCAGCUCAAGUGCUUCAGACAGUGAUUCGGAACUGCCGGAGGGACUUUCUUUUCCCACCUCAAAUGUUACCAUCAAUGAGAAUGAUGCAGUGUGGGUAAAAUACAGAAAGUUUCCUUUUUGGCCUUCUGUGGUCGAUCGAGUUUCUAAAGAAAAAAAACGACUGGGUAUCACAUUUCUUGGACAAACAACUACACCCAGGCUUUUUGUGCACUUUGGGAAACGUAACAUACUUCCUUUUUCUCAUUCUAAAAGGAAAGAAUUUGAGGAAGAGGGAAAGGCUAUUGAAGAUCCUCGUUUGAGAACUGAGUUUACGAAUGCUGUACACGAGGCUGAAGCCUACAUCAACAAGAAGGCUCUACAGAGCUUUGGUGCAGAAAAGGAAGACAGUGACUUGGAAGCUUCGUUCAACAUGUCGAUCGAAGCCCAGACGGAGUCUCUGAAACCGCGGGACUGCGAUUCGCCGCCGGUGAAGAAACGACGCCUGUCCAAUUCCAACAGUAAAGUCAACAAGCAGAUGGAAGUUCAGAACAGGAAAGAACGGUUAAAGGCAAGAAACCAGACGGUGGUGGAUUAUAUAUUGUCCGGUGAUAUGAAGAAAUACCUCCUAGAAAUAUGGAAGAGAGAACGAAAAAGUGAGCUACAUCAAAAAUACAGAACAAGCCAAGGAGAACGAAAUCGGCUGCGACAUGCAGGCUUUGGUCCCAUUGAGAAUGAGGAACAGCAAGAUGAAAUCACGUUCAAGCUGGUUGAGUGGUUGAGGGAAAUAACCGAAUCUACCAUCGUCGACACCAGCUACAUACUGGACGUCUGGGUUCCAGAGGCUGUUGUCUAUGCACUUAUCAAAGUCAAGAGAUACUGUCGAAGCAAAGCAUGGGACAUGUUCUGGAAGGGAGUCACCAUGACCAAGGCCGAGUGUAAAGAAAUCCAUGACCACUUGACGCAUUUCAACAGUUAUCCCGUGGGCGGAAAAUAGUGGGAGCAUAUUUAGAUGUACUUGACAGGGUUUGAGAAAUCCAAAUCUAAGAUGGUUGCUGUGACUGUUAACAGUGUAUUUGUAACACGAUUUUGAUGGAGCAUGCUUAAAAUGUUUCUUGCAUUUUGACAGAUCUUGAUGUACACAACAGGAUUUAAAAAAUUUAAUCAAAGAUUGACAAUUACUGUAUUUCCUCUAAUAAGUGCUGGGCCUCCAAUAAGCACCUGCCUCCAAUAAGCACCGGGUCUGUAACACUUUGCAACAAAAUAAGCGCGGGGCCUCUAAUAAACACUGGGUAAGAUGGCCAAAAACUGAUUACUUACCUGGCAUAAUUUAGGAACUUUACGUGGACAAAUAAUAUUAAUUUGUUCAUUGUUUUGUUAAAGUUUAAAGUUUUGUAACAGUUUGAAAUUAAAGUUAGAACAUAAAUAAAAUUGUAAGUUUGUAGUUUUUAGCUUCAAUUUCUAAAAUUUGUUUGAAAAAAUUAAGGCCGGGUCUCCAACAAUUGCUGGGUCUGUGACCAUUUUGAAAUGAAAAAGCAUCUGGGUUCUUAUUAGAGGAAAUACGGUAUAUAAUUUUUUCAAAUUAGCAUUUUUUUAUUUUCACGGAGCAAAUUCCAAGUGCCUGAUGGAAUUGAAUUGACCAAAUGUUUUCUUCUUCCUUGUUGCUUCAACAUCUAGUUCUGCCAAGAAGUCAUCAUAAAUGUUUUGUAUACUGUAGAUUCUGAAAUUAAUGUGUCCCUUAAUUAAUGCGAGUGACAAUGGGCAGACUAAAAUGUGACAUGAAAUUAAUGCAAGUAGCCUCUCUAUGAAAUACUACUUUCCUAAUAACACACGUCUGUGUACUUUUCGGCUAAAUCCAAGUUACAGGUGUCUUCGAUGAGAUUAACUAACAUGUCUGUAUUCACAUCAAUUAACCUGUUUAGUCCCUAGUGUUUUUGAUGAGAUAUUUUUGCAGCAAUGAUUUACCUAACGUGUAUAGUUACCUAAAUCUGGCUGAACAUCAGCAUACAUAUACCAUUACAACUAUAUCUUCCAAAGAUAUGCGGACAAAAUUGCAGCGAACUUGAACAGUAAAAACAAAGAAAUGGUCGACCUCAGGAUUAGCGUCCUAAAACCCUAAAACCCAUUUACGCGCGAUGAAUUGUGUUGUUUUUUGCUGUUAAUCUGUCUUGCCUACGAUGAAUUGUGCUCCAGUGAUUUUAUAAAUAUAUUAUAAUUUUAAUCUUUUUUUAAUAGUGUGUGACACAUAGCUUGCUGGACAAAACAUAGAAAUAAAUGUGUCAUAUUAAUUAUUAUUGCAAAUAACACAAACUCGCAUUUUUCGCAUUAAUAUUAUGAUUGCAUUGAUUUCAAGAUCUACAGUAUAUAAUUGUACAUGCAGUGGUUAUGAACCAAGCUUGGCAUUUGAAAAUUGCAAAAGAUUAUCAUUUUGUUCAUGCUUUUUUCAUGAUAGACUAGUUCUUUUUAUCUGAGCAUUAAAUUUAGGACGUGAUUUGACUGGUUACAGGUUACACAAAUUGAAAUAGGUUAUGUAAAUUUUCAGUUCUCAGAGACUUGUCAGCGUAGCCAUUAAUAACAGACAAGGUGUGUAUUUGUUCACUUCUUUUGAAGGUGGGUAGUGUUAUGCAGCUAUAAAUUAUAAAUACAAAAUGCUGGGCCCAUAUUUUUGAAGCAAUCUUAGAACUACAUAUCGUAGAACAAAAGGGCACUAUAAUGUGUGUCACAGUGACAUCAUAGCCUCUGAUAGUUUUACGAUAUCAUAGUACCAAGAUAGCUUCAAAAAUAUGGUGUCAGAUUAUUAAACUGAUCUCAACAGAAGAGCUUUCCCACUUGAGCACGGUGAUUUUCUGUUUCUGUCAAAAGUGAAUAUGUGUAUUUAGUGUUAUUAAUCACAAACUGAUCACAUUAAAGAGACUGUUCUGAGUGUACUGUCACUGUAAGCUUUUUUUGACUAGCUGAGAACUUUGAUGACUUAAAUUACAUGAGAAAUACAUUGUAUCAUUUAGAAUAUCAAGUUCUGUUAUCAAAAAGUGAUCAGUUUGGCACCACCGAAAUGAUGAUUGAUUAUACAAAUCCAUAAUCGAUUGUGUGGGAAAUUAACUAAUUUUUCCUUCAGUUUAUAUGAUGGAAUUGAUGUAACUGUGUUGGGGUUGCUGUUCAUUUUCUUGUGUACAUAACAAAAGUACCUUUCUAGGGUCUCUCACAGUGAACGUCACAGUAAGUGCUUGGGGAUUACAAUUCCAAUCCUUAUGUUCAUACAAUUCGGGCCGAUUGUACAAUCGAAAGUUGUUCGGUUGGUGCAAACUGAUUAUAACUGAUUGUGAAAUUCCAACCGAUUCCCAACACUGGUGCCUGUGUGUUUCUGGUCGUACUUAUCUUUGUUGAAGCCUCAAACUCCAUUUUAUUUUCCAGUAUUAAUAUAUGGAUUUUUUAGACAUACAAAAUUAUUGACUCGGAGUUGAAAUCCAGUUUGGGCUACUACAAAUGUCAGGACUACAGGAAAUAAAUUGGAAUUUGUCUCCGAAUAAUUUCAUACCUACGAAAAAAUAUAUAUUGUGAAAUAAAAUGAAGUUUGAUCUAGUCCAAACACUAGACAAUCAGAAAGAAAUUUAAUAUACAGCCACUGACAACAGGUCACGCAUCGCUCACGUAAGUUUAGUUUUGCGUAACCCAUUUUUCGUUCGCGCAUUGAAGUAAUGACAUCAUUUAUAUGGUCAUGACGGACUACGUUAAAAAAAAAAUGGGUUACCUCAAUUUGUUUUUGCAAAACCCAUAAAUGGUUUAGGCAAAUUAUACAUUCUCGGAUGCCUGUGAUAUUUUAAAGCGGCAGUCCCUGGAAUAUUUUUAUUAUUUAAGCAUUUAGAACAGUUAAUCCAAUCACAUUUGGUGCAUAUAAGAUGCCGCACUCCGCAUUGGAUUUGCUAUGCUGGCUUUCCAAGUUAAAAAUAAACCCAGUAUUUUGAAAGUGGGACACUUUUGACGGGCUCCUACCAACAUCAAAUACGGCUAAAAAUAGCACGGUUUAGCUACUGUUGCAUUACAAAAUGGCGAGAAUUUUCCGAAGUGUGUAGUAAGCAUUUGACGAUAUGCGUUAAUGACGACAACUUGCGAGUGAAUUAAAAGUGCAGUUAUGCUUGUAUUUGAA